UUGGGCAUUUAAGCGUGAAGGUUCACAGAGUUUGGUCACCAAAAGAAAAGGAAUAGAACAAAGACGAGCAAGUAUCAAGAAGCCAGAUCAGUUACAUCCUGUUAUGAUGGCCUCGAUCUCCUUUAUUUGCUUUCUCUUCCUCCUCGGACUCACUGGUGCACACCCAGUAGCCGAUGAAAGCAUGAAGUCGAGGAAUCUAGUCAAUGGUCAAGAAAAUGAACCAAGAAUGCAGUAUGAUUCAAUUAAAGCAUUACCUCCUGUAAACGGCAUGGGUGAUGAGCCAGUCAGGGAUCUUAUGAACGCACCACUGCGUGGUGCACACCCAGUAGCCGAUGAAAGCAUGAAGUCGAGGAAUCUAGUCAAUGGUCAAGAAAAUGAACCAAGAAUGCAGUAUGAUUCAAUUAAAGCAUUACCUCCUGUAAACGGCAUGGGUGAUGAGCCAGUCAGGGAUCUUAUGAACGCACCACCGCCGCCACCGCGGCCGCUGCAAGGAACACUGUACAGUUGGCUUUUAAAACCCCAAGGAUGAAGUCGUUACUUAACAAAAUAAAUGAAGCCGGUUUAUUUUAUACAGAAAGUCGUCCAGAGAAACCUGCAGCGAGCCUACUAACCCUGAUUUCUAAAUUUGGGCUAUUACUGUAUCACGGUUAUUUCCGAAGUGAUGAGGUAUUAAGCUGAUGAAGGUUCCUCUUCCUUCAUGAUUCAGUACCUCUAAGACUGUUUUUGUGAAAUGAAAA